UGCCUGUUGCCUGACAUUGUGUCAUAGGCUUAAGACCGUGACUCAUGGAUAUCCCUUUAACUAGAUAUAACCACGAAGUGUUAAUUCCGAGAAAGAAGAAAGUAUCAGUGAAAUUUAAAGAAGAAAAAGUUUGUUUGUCAUUUAAAAUAUCAUGAAAAGUAAAAUAGCGACUCAUUUGCCAGUUGUACCAUCAUCGCUUUCUCCUUGGAUAAUUGUGAUUUUGUCCCUUUGUUUUGUUAACAGUUACGAUGGAGAUUUUGUUUUUGACGACACCGAGGCUAUCGUCAAUAACAACGAUGUACGUGACAACACACCGUUCUGGGAUAUAUUCCAAAAUGAUUUCUGGGGUACCAAGUUAUCCCAUAGGCAAAGCCACAAAUCGUACAGACCCUUUACUAUCCUUAGUUUCAGAUUACAAUUCUGGUUACGACAAGGCUUGGUUUCGCAAGACUUUCAUGUAGUCAAUGUAAUAUUACACAGUACAAUUUGUCUGUUGACUCUAUUCGUAUACAACUUAUUUCUCGGGCCAGAAGGACAUAGCAGUGCGUUUUAUGCCGCAGCUCUAUUUGCGGUUCAUCCAAUUCAUACGGAGGCUGUCUCUGGAAUUGUUGGACGCGCUGAAUUAUUAUGCAGCUUGUUCACAUGGCUCUCGAUCUUGCUGUACAGCUGUAUGAUACACGCAAGAAAUUUAUUACACGUAUGGGUCGCCAUGUUCAGUUUUGCCGUUUGCAUAACAACAGCAAUGCUAUGCAAAGAAACUGGAAUCACUGCCAUUGGUAUUUGCGCAAUAUACGAUAUAGUUAUCGUCAACAAAAUAUAUCCAAUUGACAUAAUUAGGUCUCUCUCAUUUAAGCACGCUAAUAAGAGUUUAAAUAAUCUUAUUGAUCAUAAAAAUGUCUUAUUACGACUCGUCAUGCUCGUUCUCAUUGCAAUAAUACUUUUGCUUCUAAGGUUCAGUGUUAUGGGGUUCUCGACUCCAAAAUUUCAGUCUGUAGAUAAUCCGGCGUCUUUUAUGAACAACACGUUGCUUCGCAUACUCAAUUUUAACUAUAUCUAUUGCCUGAAUAUGUGGUUACUUGUAUGUCCUGUAUGGCUCUGUUUUGACUGGUCAAUGGGCUGCGUAACUCUGAUUACUGGCUAUGACUACAGAACGUUUAUCAUCGUUAUUUUCUGGCUCGCGUUUGGAGCGUUAAUUAUGUACACGGUCGUCUCUCACAAGGACAACACUUUGAGAUACAUAAUUAUGGGUCUUACAAUGUUGAUUUGUCCAUUUCUGCCAGCUAGUAAUAUUUUCUUCAACGUUGGAUUUGUUUUGGCAGAGAGAGUAUUAUAUAUUCCUUCGGCGGGAUAUUGCUUACUGGUCAUUAUUGGCCUGCAGAAACUUUCUGCUCGAUUUUUCUUCCCCAAGACGUCAUUGCUGGCAUACGUGAUGCUUAUUGUAUUACUGUUUGUACGUUCUUGGAUAAGGAGUGGCCAAUGGAGGAAUGAGAGACUGCUUUUUCACUCAGCAUUAGAUGUAUGCCCUUUGAAUGCAAAAGUACAUUAUAAUAUCGCAAAAAAUGCUGCGGAUGCAGGAAAUGUUGAUCUUGCCAAGUUGGAAUAUCAAGAGGCUUUACGAUUAAAUCCAAAAUACGCUCAAGCUAUGAACAAUCUUGGCAAUUUGCUCAAAGACGACGGACAGUUUUUGGAAGCUGUAAAUUUGUUUGAACAGGCUGUUAAUUUAGAGAAGGAUUUUUCUACGGCGUGGAUGAAUCUAGGUAUAGUUCAGUCAGCAUUGAAAAGGUACGAGGAGUCAGAAGCGAGCUAUUUCAUGGCUCUGCAAUAUCGAUUAACUUAUCCAGAUUGUUAUUAUAAUCUGGGCGUAUUAUAUCUGGAACGAAAGCAAUACGACAAGGCGUUGAAAGCUUGGAUAAAUGCAACCAAGCAAAAACCCACACAUAAACGAGCAUGGACGAAUAUGGUACUACUAUUAGAUGAUUUGGAUAGAACAGAAGAGGCAUUGAAAGUGGCAAAUAAGGCUUUGAAAUUUAUUCCAAAUCAUGCUUCUAUCUAUUUUAAUAUUGCUAACAUUUUGGGGAAAAAGGGAAAAUACGAGGACGCGGAAAUCCGAUUCAAGCAGGCGAUAUCGAGAGAUCCUACGGCUCCUAUGAUUUAUGCAAACUUGGGUGUCUUGUAUCAUCGCUGGAAUAAAUUAAACGCGGCAGAGGACAUGUACAAGAAAGCAUUGCAAUUGAAACCAGAUUUACACAGUGCAAAGGAAAACUUGCAAAGAUUGUAUACAUUAAAAGUGUCAAUAAAAUAAUAUUAUUACUUGUA